CUUGUUGCGCGCUGUCAGAUUUUCUACGCAAAAAGUGAUGUUGUUAUUUUUAAUCCAUUCCUCCUUUUAGUUGUUGUUUCUGUUGUUUUUUGUACCUACUUUAAAACACUCUAAAAGUGGUGUUUAGUGUAAAUGGUUAACUAAUAAGUAAGCAAAACGAAGGGAAACAAACCCCGGUUCUAAACCGAUGUGAUAGUGUGGUGUAGUAUAGAAUACCUCCACACCGUGAUCCCCUCCACCCGAAAAUGCAUCGUCUGAUGGUGCGUGGAGUAGUGCGUGGAGCAGCAGCUUCAAUAGAUAGCUCCAGCCGGUGGGUGCUCCCGGGCCCGAAGUUGCUACACACGGCAAGGCCGUGCUUAUCGGACGCAGGCAGCAACGGCGAUCGGCGGACACAAUCGCCGGAAACCAGCGCGUCAUCGGCGGCAGCACCAUCGACAGUUGAUAGUGCUGAUAAGAACAAAUCGAAUAGUGAACGCGAACGGUCACAGCCAACUACAGCAGCAACAGCUUCGACACUCAGCGACAGCUUUGGACGAUUUCACAGCUAUCUGCGAAUAUCGCUUACCGAGCGGUGCAAUCUACGCUGCAAGUACUGCAUGCCGGCGGACGGUGUGCAGCUGACCCAGAAACAGCAACUGCUAACCAGCGCGGAGGUGCUCCAGCUAGCCAGCCUGUUCGUGGCGGAGGGCGUCCGGAAGAUACGGCUAACCGGCGGCGAACCCACCGUACGCAAAGACCUGACCGAGAUCGUUGCCCAGCUGAAGGCCACCAAUCCGCUGCUCGAGAGCGUCGGCAUCACCACGAACGGCCUAAUGUUAACGCGCCAGCUCGUCGGGCUGCAGCGGGCCGGGCUCGAUGCGCUCAACGUCAGCCUGGACACGCUGCGGGCGGCCCGGUACGAGCAGAUAACGCGCCGGAAGGGCUGGGACCGGGUGAUGGCCGGCAUUGACCUGGCGAUCCAGCUCGGCUACCGGCCAAAGGUGAACUGUGUGCUAAUGAAGGGCUUCAAUGAGGACGAAAUCUGUGACUUUGUCGAGCUGACGCGCGACCGGAACGUGGACGUGCGGUUCAUCGAGUACAUGCCGUUCACCGGCAACCGGUGGGACACGGACAAGAUGGUACCGUACCGGGCGAUGCUCGAGACGAUCCGGGCCCGCUACCCGGCGUUCGAGGCGCUCCCGAACGGCCCGAACGACACGUCCAAGGCGUACCGGGUGCCGGGCUACCGGGGGCAGAUGGGCUUCAUCACCUCGAUGACGGAGCACUUCUGCGGCAGCUGCAACCGGUUGCGCAUUACCGCGGACGGCAACCUGAAGGUGUGCCUGUUUGGCAAUACGGAGGUGUCGUUGCGCGAUGCGCUGCGCAGCCCGGGGUGCUCGGAGGACGAUCUGCGCUGUCUCAUCUCGGCCGCCGUCAAGCGCAAAAAGAAACAGCACGCAGGUAAAGGGUGUGGCACGAGGACAAGGGGAGAGAGAGGGAGGAAGUUGCAUCGGCAAUGAUGAUGAUGUGUGUGUGAUGCAUGUGUAAUAACAGGUUUUUUGCAUUCCUGGCCCUACACACACACACGCAACUCGCACCCGAUGCGCAACUGGAACUUCCAUUUUCGUUCCAACCAACCAUCGCGAACAAUGUGCCGGUGGGAUUCUCGAUUGUCCCUUGUCCUAUCUCGCUGUUUUUUGGGUUUCAAAAUCCCUCCUCACUCAACACACUUUCCCUUCGCAGGAAUGCUCAAUCUUUCCCAGAUGGAAAACCGACCGAUGAUACUGAUCGGUGGGUAGGUUCGGUUUCGGUGGAAGAUCGACCAGGAUAGCCGCAGUUUUUCACGACGAUGAUGAUGAUGAUCACCCCCCUUUUAGGUUUAACGAAGCAAGCAGCAACAAGCAGCAGGGUAAGAGAGAGAGAAAGAGAGAGGAAGGAACUGAUGGUCAACUUUAAUAGAUCCAAUGAUCGCGCGUUUGUUGAUUGCCUUCAAAUGGGUGCACAAAAGGUUCUAUGACCUCCAUGGCGCAUAUUGACUAUAUAUUGCUUCAAUGGUGCGCGGUCAGUAUGCGUGUGACACGCGGUGUAUGCAUGUCUGUGUGUGCGUGUAAAAAUGCUUUGCCGGAGAAAAGGGAACCUCCGAUAAACAAACAAGCCCGCGGCCAGCGAUCAUAACCGGCUCAAGACGAUAGUUACAAACACCCCGUUCGGAGGAAAAUGAUCAGAAAGAAGAGCACCUCAAAGUGGUACAGAAAUUCGCACACCAACACCAACACGUUCGGGCGGAGAAAAUUGCCGACCGGCCCUCCCCACUACAAACCCCCCGUCAAGGUUCGGUUAAUGUUUUGCUGCGCAAAAUACUUUUCUGUAUCGAUCGGUGAUCCGUUGCGUUUGACAACCGUUGCGCGUUUGACCUUCUCCAGUAGACACAAUACAGUGCUGGCUGUGUGGUUGAGUGUACUUUGCUUUAUUUUCCCCAUUGAAAUGGCUCCUUUGAUUUAUGAUCUUUACUAAUUGAAAGCAUUUUAUUGUUUUUGAAUUGCAGGAGCACCAGCACGUUCCACCACCACCACCACCAACACAUCCUACGCACAAACCUCCACCAUCUUCCAGCGCCGUCCAGCGCUGCAACUGCAACAGCCCCACCGGCACUAUGCGUCGCUCAGCCACGUGGACGUACACACGGGCCGCGCCACCAUGGUCGACGUCGACGACAAGCUGUCCACGAAGCGGAUCGCCAAAGCGCAAGCGACCGUGUACGUUGGGCCUACCAUCGCGGCGCUGAUCGAAAACAACGAGCUGAAGAAAGGCGACGUCCUCUCGAUCUCACAGAUGGCCGCCAUAGUGGCGGCAAAGAAAACGUCCAAUCUGAUCCCACUGUGCCACAACAUCCCGCUGUCCUCGAUCAAGGUGGAAACGAACCUGAACAGCUCCACGCACGAGGUGCACAUACUGGCGAAGGUGAAGUGCGACGGCAAGACGGGUGUGGAGAUGGAGGCCCUGACCGCCGUUUCGAUUGCCGCCCUGACCGUGUACGACAUGUGCAAGGCGGUCUCGCACGAGAUCCUGAUCAAGAACAUUAUGCUGGUGGAGAAGACCGGCGGCAAGAGCGAGUUUUACCGGAAGCAGUUCAGUCAUGAUGCGUCCACGCUGGAGACGCGCACGAUGGAGGAGCGCACGACGGAACGGAUGCCGCCGGUGCCGCCAACGCGCCCUUACCGGACGGAUCCGAUCGUCACGAACGAACAGUUUGUGCCGAUGUACAUCUGAAGGCCAAAAGUCAACCCCCUUCGUGUCGUCCCCCCAGUCUCACCCACCAAAAGCAAGCAAAAAGCUACAUCCGCUUAGCGUGUGCGUAGCGUGCCGUUGUGUGCCUUUAUUCAUUAAGCCAGCGUUUCUUUCCUACACACAUACACGCGCGCGCGCACCUCCUCCUCCUCAUCGAUCGUCCACGGCCGUUUGGCCCCAGUCCAGUGCCAUCCGGCUGCUGCCACGUGAUAUUGCCUGCAGCCGUACCACCAGCUCCCCGUACGUCUCGCACGCGAGACCCUUGUGUUUGGAGCCGUCGGCCAGUAUCUUGGGGUCGCGCAGUUCCGGAUUCACACCGCUCAGCCAGCUCAUUGCCGCGGAGCAGAGGUUCGAGUACUUCGGGAUGAAGAGUGGUGCUUUUAUUGUCCUCUCCGUGCCUGCGCCGCUCAGCGGACAGUGAACCCUCGCAUAGCCACGGUUCGUUUCUACGUUCCAGAUGUUGGCGCCGUAAAGGCUGAAGAUGAUCUGGGGCCAACCGUGCGGGUUGGUGGAUUUCAUCGUAAACUCUACCGGCAUGUUAAACACGACCGUGCGAUAGUCGGACUCGGUGCGGGCGCUCUGCGUGACGGCCGAUCGGAGACCGGAGACGAGUUCCCAGUCGGGGCCGGCCACAAUGUCGUACCGGCAGAACAGACCACCACCGUCCGGGCCCAUCGGGAAGUGGGCGGAUUCGAGCUGGCCCGUCACGCUUAGAUGGAAGAAGCUUUCACUCUCGCCGGAUGUUAGCUGCAGUUCGAGCAUCUUUUUUCACAAACAAUAGAUAAAUACGUGCACACACAGACGGGGACAAACACACGUGGAAAUGCAAAAGAAUUGAUUGGAAAAGUCGACCAAACGAACGAGCAAAACGAACACAAAACGCCAAGAACUUGCUUUCGAAGGAAAAAAGGGAUGCACAGAACCCUGUUGUUGUGUUGUGUUGCAACAUAUAACCAUUUCCAUGGCAACGCCACCAAUACACACACAAACCCAAAGGUGCGUGUUGACGUUGUAACAAGGCGGUACAAGUGUAAGCAUUUUUGGGAAUUAUUUUGUUAGUGGUUAGCGGGUAAGUGAACAACAAAAAAACAGUGACAAACGUUUAGAAAUAGCGUUAGACUUCACACAGACGGGCAAUGCGAGUUCGUUACUGUGGGGGGUAUUUCUAUUUUUUAGGUGUAUGUACUUGUAUUUUACAUCACACAAUAAAUCACUUGCACAGACUAAUUAGAGGCUGUCUAUUGUAA